GCUAUAUUUUAUAUUUAAGAAAAUUGUAGUCUUCUUAGGUAUAAAUACAUUUUAAACAAGACCAUUGUUAUCACGUGCUUAUUUUUUUAAUAUUCUUAAAAUGUCUAUAGUUCGUGUUAAAAGGCGUCACGAUGAAGAUCCUUUUAAUUCUGUUGUAAUUUCCCAUAAAAAACUCAAAAUAGUCGGUAAUUGUUCUACAUAUGAUUGUGUGUUUAAAUUUGCUGGUACUAUAAAAGAUACAAAUGAAAAUAUUUCUCAAAUAUUGAAAAAUGCACGCGAUGGAAAAUCAGUGAAAGAUUUAACCAAAUUUAAAAAAAAUGAAUUUUCAAAAACCAUAAUUUCACGUUCCAAGUCUGAACGCUCUAAAGUAGUUAGCAAUCUAAGAGCUGUUAAUCAAGACACUAUACCUAUCCAUGCUUUAAAUGAAGAAAAUACAGAAAUUAAAGUUGUUGAUAUUAUUGCAAAUGAAGAAGUUAGACCAUCCAUUGAUGAAGGAAUAUCAGUUGACUACGUCUAUGACUUAUAUUAUACUACAGAUAAUAAUGAAAAAAACAUUGAUAUUCAAGAUAUAGACUGUGUACAUGGAUUAGAUUCAGAUAAGUUUUAUUCUAUCUGUGAUAAUAUUGAAAAUGAUGAUGCUUCAUCACCCUGUGAAGAUGAUGAUGAUUCCAAUGAUGAAUGUAAUUGGCGAAAUGAUUAUCCAGAUGAAGACGAAUUUGAAAAUAGUGAUGAAGAUUAUGAAAACUUGAUUACUCGAUCAAAACAUUUAAAUAUAAAUAGUAGUAGUAGUAGUGAAUUAGAAGAUGAAGAAAAUAUUAGUGGAGAUUAUGAUUAUCGUUAUGCAAGAUAUAAAGCUCGAGUAAAAGCUGAAGAAAAUUAUUUUUAUAAUAGUGUGCUGGAAGAUGAAUCAAAUGAAUCUAGUGACUAUGAUACUUCUUGAAAAAAUACCUAUCUAUGUAUAAAAUAAUUUUUUAGAUGUAAAUAUUAUCUAUAAUUUUUCAAUUGUAUUUUUUUCAUUAUUGAAAUAGAUUUUAUAUCUUAUCAAAAUACUGGUUAUAUUUGUUUGAUCAUAAUAUAAAUUUAAAUUCAUUCAAUA